AGCACUCGGGGGUGGAGGCCAGAAGCCGGCUGGACUGAAAGGGACGUCUCCUCUCCGAAGACUCUUCAAGAAAUCACAAUGUCAACCAACACAGACCUUUCUCUCUCUUCAUACGAUGAAGGUCAGGGGUCCAAGUUUAUUCGGAAAGCUAGGGAGACACCGUUUGUCCCCAUUGGAAUGGCCGGCUUCGCAGCGAUUGUUGCAUAUGGGCUCUACAAGCUGAAGAGCAGGGGAAACACGAAGAUGUCUAUUCACUUGAUCCACAUGCGUGUGGCAGCCCAGGGCUUUGUUGUGGGGGCCAUGACUCUUGGUAUGGGCUAUUCCAUGUAUCAAGAAUUCUGGGCCAAGCGUAAGCCUUAGAAGAGCUGCUGCCUUGGUCUGGGAAGUGCUUGCUUUAGUUAGACGUCUCAUAUUGAGGUUACAUGUUUGUGUCUGCAAUAAAUAACAUAUGGUUUAGACAAAACACAGUAUUGAAUGUUGGUUUACUUUCUGGCCAACUUGAUUUGCCUGGUGACCAGAUUGUUAGUGACUGAUUCACUAACUAGGUCGCUAAGGGGGUCAGGGUAACACAGAAGAAAUCUGUCACCUGAAAGUACUUGGUCACAGUGCUUUCCUUACACCCUUAUGAUGAAAGUCACUGUAAGAAGGGCUGCUGGCAGUCCAGGCACACCCUGUGUGCAGAGUCGGCCAUGCUUUGGGAGGGUGUCAGGAAAGAGUCAUUUACUUUGUCUGCCUGUGGGCUGACUUCAGAACUUCAGGUCUUAAGGUUUGCUGGCUUCUGAAAACACUUUCUAAAGAGCCCAUGAAAUAUAAAUAUAACUAACUUAGAAAGCCCUGUACCUCAGUAGGAGGGAGCGCGUGUGUGUGUGUGUGCGCGUGUGUGAGUGUGUGUAACAACCCAGAAAGCUGGUAAGAGCUGCAGAGAGGCAGUGUUUAUUAGAUUCACACUUAGACACUGAUUGUGGGUUCUGGUUUAGCUCUUUUAUAAUUGUAAAGUUAUAUUUUUGCUGCUUUGUAAUAGGAUAAUUCUUAAGCAUCAUCUUAAAAUAGAGGUAUUUUGUUUCUUUUUUGUGGUGCUGGGCAUUAAGUGCAGGGUCUCACAUAGGCUAAGCAAGUGCUGUGCACUGAGUUGAACCCCAGCAGAAGUAGGUGCUGCAAGUGUAAAACAAGGCUAAAGGGCCUAAUGCACCCAGCCUGUGCAGGCCGCGUGGCCACCGUCUAUAAGGCCAUGGCUAUUAAAGUACCGAAGGUGAGAGGUGAACGGUGGGCGGGCUGGUUUUUCCAAUAUUUACAUACAAAUUUGGAUACACAGAAUAUUAAAUGCACUGUAAAAUCCCCCUGUCCAACCUGAACUUACAUUCCAUCCACAGUGCCAAGAUGGUGUAUGUAUUGUUAUUAAAAUAAGUCUGAACAUA